AUGUCAAACCCAUCGGAAGGGGCACUCGGGAAGUUUGUCGGCAGACUCAUCAUAACUUGGAGAGUCAUCAAAGUCGUGAUGCCAGCGGGGGACGCGACGGACCCGCGCAUCAUAACAAAACUUUUUCCCGGUUUGGAGAUGCGUACGUUCAAGAGUGAAGCGAGUGGCGUAUUGGGAGGCGAGUUGUUGUCUGUGCUGAUUCGUUCGAACGGGAGCCAGACGAAGUUGGACAAUUGUGUGGCACAGGUGGUUACGAUACGCACGGGCGGUGGUGGUGAGGUGACGACUUUGGUGUUGGCGCCGAAGACGGCGUUUGAAACAGAGCUGGAGACGGUCGGCGAGCGAACACCGUUGACAUUGGAAACGACGAUGGUGGAGGGUGAGAACUACGACUGGUUUGAGCAGUGGGACCGGAUGAUGGUGUGGCGUCCGAAGGAGGGGCCUCCGAGAGACGCUCACGCGGAGGCGGAGCUGCUGGCCGCGCUGCGGGGGCAGCUGCAGCGCAGGGGACCGCGGAACAAGCCCGAGGCGGUUGACGCGUUGUGUCGCGAUGUCUUUGGAGAACACCUGCGCGACCUGCACGCCAUCCUGGACGAGAGUGGUGAGAUGCAGGAUGAGGUAAAAGACGUCACCGUGGAUGUGGCGCGACCGAUAGACCCGUCGGAGUUGGCGGAGUUGUUGGCGCGGGUGCCCAAGGACUGGAUGCCGGUGCUGCAAAGGUCCGCGGGGUGGACGACUGCGGGUUGGACGAACGACGGAGACCUGGAGGCUGCACAGGCGAGGGCCGAACGCAAAACGAAGCGUCGUUGGUGCAUGGCCGUGGGGGCAGGCGCCACGGUCUUAUUUCUCGGAAACCUCCUUUUGCAAUCCUCGAAAUUGGCGCAGAGAGGGGCGACAGAAGAACAGCCCUCGUUGCCGGGGAUGUUGGGCGACAGGAGGGUGGUCUGGGCGGGCCGCAACCGCGCCCCGGUGACGACCUGCGGCAGCGGCAUCCUGCUCUGCGGUGAGCAGUGCAACUUCUUGACCUUCGGGCUGUGGCCUGUCGCCUUCGGCGAACCCUGGCCGGUCACUUUCCCCCUCGCCUGGAACAUCGCUCACGCUACAGGCAGACAGUGCCGUAUCAACUACAACACGGACCAGGAAACAGAGACAGCUUUACACACACGACUCAUAUCACACUUCCCGCUACAAACUUCUUUCAACGCGACCAUGUCGCACGAGCAGCACGGCGCAGAGAUCCUCAAGGCACUCAGCAAUCGCCGCUGCUCCGGUCGAAACAUGUCGUGGCAAAAGGCAAGCACGGACAACGGCUGCGGCAUCUGCGACGUAGCUUUCGCUAGUUGCCAAGUGGUUCCUAAAAAAGUACAAAAAGCUCACAAGGUGACACUUGUCGACAUCAACGCACCCAUAUCCAGAAUAACCAAUUCCUUCGCCGACUACCCGGAAGAUGUCUACGACGUCAGUUCCUGCGAUUACGACUGUUGGAACUUGAGUCCAGAGACCAGAAAGACCGUGAUCGCAAACAAGUUCGCAGAAGCCGCCUACCAGAAGGAGAAGUCGCUUACGACGACCACCACCAAGCGUACCACUACAAAGCCACCCGAGCGUACCACCGAGAGAUUGUACGGGGCGGAUGGGAUUGAGCACCUUUUUCCUCGUAUCGGUUGA